GAAACAUUUAUACUAACUCAUCUUGGAAUGUCCCCAAUCUGAUAUCCCCAAUAUCUCAACAGAGCCUUACUCUUCUUUUUUGGACAUCGAAAAACAAACUGAAGAGGAAUUGUGAAUCCUACUGCACUGAUAGUCGUGCAACAAGCCAAGCUAUCCACCCCACCCCCACCCCCACCCCCACCCCCACCCCACGUUGCAUUUUGUUUUACACCUGCACUUAACCAUUAGCACUAACCACAGAGAGAGACCAAAAACUAGAUGGCGUCUUCAUCUUGUAAAGGCCGCACCAUAUAAGCUUACCGCCCGGCAACUCUCCCCCUAUGCAGGUGGAAGAAGCAGAAUAAAACAGUUGAGUGUCUGAGCAGUCCGCAGGCAGAUGGGAUGUAAUGUUGUGUGGUCGUGCUGAGCAUUCGCCUCCUUCUCAGCUACAGCUGCUUUGUAAAGAUUUGGUGUCCAGAGAAUGGCGCGGUUCGAAAACGAGAUGCCGUCCAGGUAUGGCGGCGGCCACGGCCAUGGACCAGGGCAUGGACCUGGAGGCCCUGGCCGCGGCGGCAGCCGGCAGGGCGGCCCGCCUGGAGGCCCCGGGGGACAGCGGGUCUACAAGCAGUCCAUGGCGCAGAGAGCCCGGACCAUGGCCCUGUACAACCCCAUCCCGGUGCGUCAGAACUGCUUCACCGUCAACCGCUCGCUGUUCAUCUUCAGCGAGGAUAACUUUGUGAGAAAAUACGCCAAAAAGAUUACAGAAUGGCCUCCGUUUGAGUGGUUGAUCCUGGCCACCAUCUGUGCCAACUGUAUUGUCCUGGCUCUGGAGCAACAUCUGCCUGAUGGAGACAAGACUCCUCUGUCUGAACGCCUGGAUGACACUGAGCCCUACUUCAUAGGGAUCUUUUGUUUUGAGUCAGGCAUUAAGAUCCUGGCUCUAGGAUUUGCCUUCCAUAAGAAUUCCUACAUAAGGAACGGAUGGAAUGCCAUGGACUUCGUAGUAGUAUGCACAGGGAUCCUGUCUACAGUGGGAUCGGACUUCGAUUUGCGGACUCUGAGAGCGGUCCGUGUACUGAGACCCCUCAAACUGGUGUCUGGGAUACCCAGCCUCCAGGUGGUCCUCAAGUCCAUCAUGAAGGCUAUGAUUCCACUGCUGCAGAUCGGCCUGUUGCUAUUCUUCGCCAUCCUCAUGUUCGCUAUCAUCGGCCUGGAGUUCUACAUGGGCAAAUUCCAUACUACCUGCUUUGACAUUCACACAGAUGAGAUUCGUGAGGAAGUUCCGUGUGGGACAGAAGCCCCGUCGAGACUAUGUCCAAACGGGACCACGUGUCGAAAGUAUUGGCUGGGUCCUAACUACGGCAUCACCCAGUUUGACAACAUCCUGUUUGCCGUGCUAACAGUCUUCCAAUGUAUUACCAUGGAGGGAUGGACUGACCUGCUCUACUAUAGCAACGAUGCCUCAGGGAGCGCGUGGAACUGGAUGUACUUCAUUCCCCUCAUCAUCAUCGGCUCUUUCUUCAUGUUGAACCUGGUCCUGGGUGUACUGUCUGGGGAGUUUGCCAAAGAGAGAGAGCGAGUGGAGAACAGGAGUGAGUUUCUAAAGCUGAGGAGACAGCAGCAGAUAGAGAGAGAGCUCAAUGGAUACCUGGAAUGGAUUUGUAAAGCAGAAGAAGUAAUCUUAGCAGAUGAUGAAGACCCUGAUGCCUUUGACGGCACCCGCAGGAGACCCACCAUCAAAAACCACAAGAACAAAACAGAUCUCCUUAACCCAGAGGAUGGGAAUGGAGACCUGGCAGUGGGUUCUCCAUUUGCGCGGGCCAGUCUGAAGAGUUCAAAGCUGGAGGGCUCUAACUUCCAUAAGAGGGAGCGUCGUCUGCGUUUUUUCAUCCGACGCAUUGUGAAGACCCCGUAUUUCUACUGGAGUGUACUGUGUCUCGUGGGACUUAACACCAUGUGUGUGGCUGUAGUACACUACGACCAGCCUGAACCACUCUCAGACUUCCUCUACUUUGCAGAGUUCGUCUUCUUGAGUAUCUUCAUUUCUGAGAUGGGUAUAAAGAUUUAUGGACUGGGGUCACAGCCUUACUUUCACUCCUCCUUUAACUGCUUUGACUGCAUUGUAAUAUGUGGCAGCAUAUUCGAGGUGCUGUGGGGUUUUAUCCAGCCUGGGACAUCCUUUGGUAUCAGUGUAUUACGAGCUCUAAGGUUACUGAGAAUCUUCAAAGUCACCAAGUACUGGGCGUCUUUGAGGAACCUGGUUGUAUCUCUGCUCAACUCCAUGAAAUCCAUUAUAAGCCUGCUCUUCCUCCUCUUCCUCUUUAUCGUCGUCUUCGCUCUGUUGGGCAUGCAACUCUUCGGAGGACAGUUUAAUUUUGAAUCUGGCACUCCCUCGACCAACUUUGAUACUUUCCCUGCAGCAAUAAUGACUGUGUUCCAGAUCCUGACCGGAGAAGACUGGAACAUGGUCAUGUAUGAUGGAAUAGAAUCUCAGGGAGGAGUCAACAACGGGAUGGUCUUCUCAGUCUUCUUCAUCGUGCUCACACUUUUCGGCAACUACACUCUGCUGAAUGUGUUCUUGGCCAUUGCUGUGGACAAUCUGGCUAACGCACAGGAACUCACUAAGGAAGAGGAAGCCGCUUCCAAGAAAAAUGCUUUGCAAAAAGCCAAGGAGGUGGCCGAAGUCAGCCCCCAGUCUGCAGCCAACCUGUCCAUAGCGGCCGAGAAAGUAAACAGCACAGGUCACAACGCUUCCGACCCCUUUCUGGACUGUAAGGAGCAGCAGAAGAACAAUAAGGGUGGUAAUAAGUCUGUGUGGGAACAGAGGACCAAGGAGCUGAGGAAACAGACUCUAAUGACCAGCAGAGAGGCCCUCUACAACGAACUGGACCCAGAGGACCGCUGGAAGGAGAACCGCAACAACAACACCAACAAGACCACCAAAGAGCCUGAUCCCCGCCUCAGCCAGCAGCACGCCGACGAGCUGGUCCGCAAGCAGACACACGUCCACGAGAGAGGAGGUGGGGGAGGAGGAGGUGGGGGCUCCGGGUCUGGUUCAGGCCCUGGAAGGCAUUACGAGCGGGCAGACUCUACGGAGAGCCGCAGGAGCCGUAAGGAGAGCAAGGAGCACCAGGAGCUCCAACACCAUCACUCCUCCCAUACCCUCCUAGAUGCAACGAUGCUGGGACAGAGUGGAGAGGAGAGGCCCCAGAGAAGGCAUCACCACCCACGGGGCCAGGUGGGCUCAUCGGAGCACAGGAAACCCCGCCAGCACCGCAUGCCCCCAGAGGACGAAGAGGGGGGAGGUGGCGGUGGAGGAGGGGAAAGGCGACACAAGAGCAGGGGGACAGAAGGAGAAGGCGAGGGGGAGCAAGAAGGGGGUGAUGGAGGUGAGAGGAGGCAGAGACGGCAUCGCCAUGGCACUCAGUCAGGGUGUGAUGGUGAGGGGAAGAGGACGCGGCAACACCGCAGGAAGGAUGGUCCCAACCUGUCCACCACACGGCCCAUCCAGAAGAGCCUCUGUAGACAGGACAGCCAGUACAGCGAGGACAUGGACAAUGUCAUGAACAGUAAACUGGCCACCAGCCCGCCCAAGCUACACUCAGGCUACACCCAGCAGCCCUGCCCAGUCUCGGGCCUCCCCAGCCCAGCCAACCACAAUACUCCAGGCCCAGGCUUCGGCCCUGCAGGUCUCAACACUCACCUGACAAACAGCAGCUCCCACCUGGGCCUAGAUGGAAGCCUGGUUCCUGCAUACGGAAGUAGCACCCGGAUACCGGACCACAUGGCAGUGGACAUACCACCCAUGUUUCCUUCCCACAACGCCAUAUUGCAGGUCAAUAAGAAUGCUAACACGGAGCCUCUGCCUAAGAAGGAGGAUAAGGAGGAUGAUGAUGAUGAGAAGGGUGAUGAAGAUGGACCCAAACCAAUGCCUCCCUAUAGCUCCAUGUUCAUCCUCUCUACCACCAACCCGUUCCGGAGACUAUGCCACUACAUUGUGACUCUGAAAUUCUUUGAGUUUGGUAUCCUGUCUACCAUCGCUAUGAGCAGUAUCGCCCUGGCAGCGGAAGACCCCGUCUGGCCAGAAUCACCUCGCAACAAUGUUCUGCGCUACUUUGACUAUGUGUUUACGGGAGUGUUCACUUUUGAGAUGUUGAUUAAGAUGGUGGAUCUGGGCCUGGUGUUGCACCAGGGCUCCUAUUUCCGUGACCUGUGGAACAUCCUGGACUUUAUAGUGGUUAGUGGUGCUCUGGUGGCCUUCGCCUUCACGAGCAGUAGCGGGGGAAGCAGUAAGGGGAAAGACAUCAGCACAAUCAAGUCUCUGAGGGUUCUGAGAGUGUUGCGACCUCUGAAGACUAUCAAGCGUCUUCCAAAGCUCAAGGCUGUGUUUGACUGUGUGGUCAACUCCCUGAAGAACGUCCUGAACAUCCUCAUCGUCUACAUGCUCUUCAUGUUUAUUUUUGCUGUGGUGGCCGUGCAGCUGUUCAAAGGGAGAUUCUUCUACUGCACUGACGAGUCCAAAGAGUUUGAACGCGAUUGCAGGGGCGAAUAUCUAGUCUAUGAGCGGAAUAAUGAAGUGAAGGCGCAGAAGCGGGAGUGGAAGAAGUACGAUUUCCACUACGACAACGUGCUUUGGGCCCUGCUCACCCUCUUCACCGUUUCUACCGGAGAGGGGUGGCCGCAGGUGCUGAAACAUUCAGUGGAUGCGACCUAUGAGAAUCAGGGCCCGAGCCCGGGGUACCGGAUGGAGAUGUCCAUCUUUUACGUGGUGUACUUCGUGGUCUUCCCCUUCUUCUUCGUCAAUAUCUUCGUAGCUCUCAUCAUCAUCACUUUCCAGGAGCAAGGAGACAAGAUGAUGGAGGAUUACAGUUUAGAGAAAAACGAGAGAGGCUGCAUAGACUUCGCCAUUAAUGCCAAACCGUUGACGCGACACAUGCCUAAGAACAAGCAAAGCUUCCAGUACCGCAUGUGGGAGUUUGUGGUGUCGCCGCCAUUCGAGUAUACAAUCAUGGCUAUGAUCGCGCUCAAUACUAUCGUACUGAUGAUGAAGUAUGACGGAGCCUCUCCGGCCUACGAGGCUGUGCUGGCCAACCUGAACAUCGUGUUCACCUCGCUGUUCUCCAUGGAGUGUGUGCUCAAGAUCAUCGCCUUUGGAGUGCUGAAUUACUUCAAAGAUGCCUGGAACAUUUUUGACUGUGUGACAGUCCUGGGCAGCAUUACAGAUAUUUUAGUGACUGAGCUCGGGAUGAAUAACUUCAUCAACUUGAGUUUCCUGAGACUGUUCAGGGCUGCCAGGCUCAUCAAACUGCUCCGGCAGGGAGAAACCAUCCGCAUCCUGCUCUGGACCUUUGUUCAAUCCUUCAAGGCGCUGCCGUACGUGUGCCUGCUUAUCGGCAUGCUGUUCUUCAUCUAUGCCAUCAUCGGGAUGCAGCUGUUUGGGAACAUAGGGAUGGAGGAGGAAGAGGGGAGCGCCAUCAACGAACACAACAACUUCAGGACUUUCUUCCAAGCUCUCAUGCUGCUCUUCAGGAGUGCCACGGGCGAGGCGUGGCAUGACAUCAUGCUGUCGUGUCUUGGAGGGAAGCUCUGUGAUCCUCUGGCAGGGAACACUGAACCAGAGUGUGGCAGCCAGUUUGCCUACCUCUACUUUGUGUCCUUCAUCUUCUUCUGCUCCUUCCUGAUGCUGAAUCUGUUCGUGGCUGUCAUCAUGGACAACUUUGAGUACCUGACCAGAGACUCCUCCAUCCUCGGCCCACAUCAUCUAGACGAGUAUGUCAGGAUAUGGGCUGAAUAUGACCAAGCAGCUUGCGGUCGCAUUCAUUAUAAGGAUAUGUACAGUUUAUUGCGAGUUAUCGACCCGCCUCUUGGCUUAGGAAAGAAAUGCCCCCAUAGAGUGGCCUGCAAGAGGCUGCUGCGGAUGGACCUCCCGGUCGCCGACGACAACUCAGUCCACUUCAACUCCACCCUGAUGGCCCUGAUCCGCACGGCCCUGGACAUCAAGAUCGCCAAGGGUACUGAAGGAGGUGUGGACAAACACCAGAUGGAUGCAGAGCUGAGGAAAGAGAUGAUGGCGAUUUGGCCCAAUCUCUCCCAGAAGACCCUGGACCUCUUAGUCACGCCACAUAAGUCAACAGACCUGACGGUGGGGAAGAUCUACGCUGCCAUGAUGAUCAUGGAGUACUACAGGCAGAGCAAGGCCAAGCGCUCUCAGGCGCGGCUAGAGGCGGAGCAGAAUCGAACGACAUUACUGUUUCAGCGCGUGGAGCCGCCCUCCCCCAUCCAGGAUGGGCCUCUCUGCCUCCCUCCUACCCAGCCGGCAGACCCCGUCAACACCCUACCGGUGGAGGGGGGGGUUCCAGAGAGCCAGUCGUGGGUGACAGUGCGGGCUCAGGAGAUGUCCCAGAGAGUAGGCAGCUGGAGUCCUGAGGGACAGCACUCUGAGGAUGGCCUGGACAGCAGGCAUAACUCGCAGACGGUAGAGAUGAGAGAGAUGGGGCGUGACGGUUACUCGGAUACCGAGCACUUUCAGCCAAUGGAAGGCCACGGAAGGGCCGCUUCCAUGCCACGCCUUCCAGGCGACAACCAAGAUGUUUGCCAGACAGACUUACAGACUAUAACAGAUAAUAGUCCUAUGAAGCGCUCGGCCUCCUCCCUUGGUCAAAGUCGAUCUGGGAGGGGCCAGAGGGAAAGGGGUGGGGCCGAUGAUUAUGCAAUGGAGUAUGUGAUCCCCGAGGAGGGCGGAGCACCGAGGCAAAGCCACCGACGCCGCGACCGAAGCCACCGGGCCUCUGAGCGGUCACUGUGUCGAUAUACAGACGCAGAUACAGCAGGACUGGGCACAGACUUGAGCACCACCACUCAGUCAGGUGACCUGCCACCCAAGGAGAAGGACCGUGACCGCGACAGAGACCGCAGUAGGCAGAAAGAUCGCAAACACCACCACCAUCACCACCACCAUCACAGCGGCUCUGUGGACAAGGAGCGCUACACACCAGACCGCGCCGACCGGGGGGGAGAGCACGGUGGUCACAGACAGCCCCGAGGAGAUAGAGACCACGACCGGGAUAGGGACCACGACCGGGAUAGGGAGCACGACCGUCGCUGGUCACGGUCACCCAGCGAGGGCAGAGAGUGCAUGACACACAGACAGGGCAGUAGUUCGGUGAGCGAAAGUCCCGCUCCCUCUACCUCGGGGACCAGUACCCCGAGACGAGGCCGUCGGCAACUCCCUCAGACCCCGGCAACGCCCCGCCCACACGUCACCUACUCUCCUGUCGUCCGUAAAGCCAUGGCCACACCUCCCGGAGCCCAGCCCCUGGGGCGCAAUCCCGCCCCCGCCCCUCUCCGCUUCUCCCCUGAGCCCCCCCAGGGACCUCCCCCACCCCACCAUGGCUCACCCAACCAAGCCUGCCACCUCCCUCCCCGCUGGGGGGAUGGGGGAGGAGGAGGAGGAGAGAGUGGGUCGCUGGAGGGCGACGACUGCUUCUACAACCAGGACUACCAGGAUUACGAACGUGAGCACCACAAACCGCCUCCCUACGAGCAGAGCCCCACACAGGGCAACCCUCACAAACCUCACCCCCUCAACCACCCUACUCUCCCUGUGCUAAACCAUCCCCCAACCUCACAGCAGCAGCACCCUAUCAACCCGCACCCAAACAACCCCCACCCCAACAACCCCCACUCCCGCACCUCGCCCAGGACUUCCCGCCAUGCACCCCCACCCAACACCACCCCCACCCCCCCAAGGGCAGCAGCCUCCCCCACUCGACGCCUCCCCAAUGGCUACCGUGCCUCCUCCCCCUCCUCGCAACACCACCACGGCCCCACCCACCCCGGGCCCCACAAGGUCCCCCCUCCCCAGCCUAGAGGGCCCCGCACUAAAGACCUGCACGAACCCUACAACAACACGGAUGACAACAGGUGCUAGCCUCUGGAGACUAUGGAGGGAUGGAUGGAGGGAGGGAGGGAUGGAUGGAGGGAGGGCUCAACCACACUGUCUGAGUUAUCAGUCCCUACCUCCCAGCCCAGGAAAACACACAGCCAGAGCACUGAUCACCAUGAGACAGGGGAAACCAAGGCAUGAUUCUUUCUUUCCUUAUUUCCGUUUGUUUUUCUUUUUGUUUCUUCUGCUGCUCAGUGUUUCCCGCAGAUGGAGGGAGUGAGGAAGGGGUAGUUAGAAUAAAGGGAUGAGGAGGAGGACCACUGAAGGAUGAGUGGAAAUUAGUGAACAGGGUAUGGAGUACAAACCAAUUCCUCCUCCAAAAACAAUGGAACCCAGCUCAUCAGAUGCAAGGAGACAAAAAUGGAUGAUUUCAAAAUGGAUGAUAUAGGGGACGGAAGCUUUUCUCAACGUAUCAUGAUGCUACGCCUCUGGAAACAAUAUUAAAAACCGCCACAACGACCAAGACGUCAUCACGUAAUCAACGCAAGAAACUACGACAUUGCGGAGAACUAAGUGGAGUUGCGUUAAUUGCAAAAACCAACCACGAACCCCGAUGACGGGGAGAUAUUGAUGAGUUUUAUCAUCUGUGUUUACUGUUAAUAAUGACAUCAGUGAUGAUGAGCCUUCCACCUGAGUGCGGUGGGGGGAGUGGGGGACACACCGGGACACACACCCUAACUCUGAACGAGAGAGGGGGUAAUGUAGGCGGAAUCUAUCCAUCCCAACCCCCCAAAAAAGAUUCCGCCCCAACCGAGUAGAGAAGAAACAUAAAAAAGUGGAUGGUGAACAUAAAAAUAAAAGAAACUUAAAAACAAACAUUUUCUUCAGUAUUUCUUCUUCUACUCCUGCGGCUGCUACUUUUCCCUCUUCCUCUUCUUCUUCGAAACAUUGAAGCUUGAUUCUUCUGUUGCACCCGCACAGCUUCGUUGGAACUUGCAGAGUUUAAAAACCUGUGGAAUCCUGCAUGAUUGAUACAAAAAAAAUGAUAACAAAGAGAAACUACUGUAAUGUGGGGGAAACUAUCCCUGGGUCCUUUCUAUAUUAGUCUGUGGGGUUCUCUCUUUUUCCUGUAAAUCCCUUUGUUUCUCUCUCUUCACCCUGAGGCGUCCCUCUCUCUCUCUCUCUCUCUUCCUGUGCUGGAGGUAUAAUCAGAAUAGUUAGAAUGGAUGGAGAGAUGAGGUGAUGAGGAAGAGAAGCACAAGAUCCAAGCCUUUUUUAUGCGGAGGGACAGGAUGAUCUAUUUCCCACUUUGUUCUUAUUGAAAUGCUCUGUGCCAAAUUAUAACUGUUGAUGUGGCUGAGAUUUGCACAAUCAUUUUCAAGGAAGUAGAUAUUUUUUUACAAGGCCUAGUUUUAUUUCAUGGGAGGAAAUAAGGCAGGAAAGAAUGAAAACACAGACCCCACAUAUUAUUGGUUCAUAUUAAAAGGGAGUUGAAACUGGGGGAGGAAGUUACAAGCACGCUCCAUGGUCCUUAUUGGCUCUUCAUCUGCUGACACAUAGCCUCGUUCAAACCAGAGAUAUGUCUCUAGUCUUCCAGGGUUUGUGUUUGAAAGAGCGAUGAAAAGAGAGAGAGAGAAAGAAAGGCCGAUGAAAGGAGGGAACCUCUUCAUCUUUCGUUUAUUUGUUAUUAAUAGUGAAUAUGGUUCUAUAGAUACAGAUAACAAUACUAUUGAUGAUUGUGAUAAUGACGAUGAUGAUAAUAAUAACGAUGAUGAUAAUGGUGAUGAUGAUGAUGAUGAUGAUGAUGAUGAUGACAAUGUUCAUGCUUGUGAGAGAGAAUUAUUUUAGUCUUGUAUUUGUGUUUGUUACUUUCGAGUCGGUUGUGCUCAGCGCGUCACCAUCUUUGUUUCGUGAGACGUUCUGUCUGGUUGGUGGUCCACUGGUCCGGGCUGGUGGGCGGAGCUUUGUCAGAGAGGUGCAUUGUGGGAACAGGAGUAAUCAUAGUAAUGACUCUGAUACAGUGUAAUACGGUGGGGAAGGGAAAAGGAACUUAAAAAGGAACUUUAAAAAAAGAACAAUGUCAAACAUCAUACAGGAAAUCAUGUAUCUGACAUGUCUACUUGUUCAUUGGACAGUUGUUUACAUAUAUGAAUCAUGUGGGUAAAUAUAGGGCAGCUAAAUGGUCUUGCUUAGGUAACGGGGUCUACAGACUAAAGUAGACCAGAUAAAGCAGUAAUGAGACAGAGCUCCUCUGCCAGUCUGGCCCUCUAGGUGGCACUGUAUGCAAUACAUUGCAUCCCUGUCCUAUUGUAUCAUUGUAUCACCCCUUCUGUUUUGACUGUCGGAUUCCAAUGUUUUCGUAUCUGUCUUUAAACUGGGAGCAUAAGGUUUCAGUGUUGUCUGUCACUGGUGGAUCACCUCCUUUGUGUUCAGGACAUGUAACACAGCCAAUCACAAAUGCACAGGACAUGUAUCACAGCCAAUGAAAAUGCAUGGGAGAAACAAUGACUGGGUUUUUUUCUGCCAAAUCUCUGUGUCCUGUUUCACCCUAUUCUCUUUUUGUGUGUCUUUGUGCGCCUCAACCUAACAUCCAUCCUAAUACCCACCACUGUCCCGUACACUGUCUCUCUCACAGUUGCCGGACUUUGAGGAUUGCCAUAGUGAACCAUUAAUUUAUUAGAAUUGUCAUUAUUAUUAUUAUUAUUAUUAUUACACCCCAUGUCAAAACCAUUAGCGUCAGGUAACAGUGUUUGUUCAUGGCUGCCAUAGAUAUAGCGCAGUUAGAUCUGCACAAAUCUGGAUUCUGAUGUACUGUAAAGACAUAUCCCAUGAUUCUAUGUACCACACUUUGACCAGGAAGUGCACAGGCACAUUGCCUUUACAGUAUUCAUCUAACGUAGGAAUGUCAUAGACGUGUAUAAGUCACAUCACAACACUGAUAAGAUAGGAAUACACAGAUACACUCUCAGUAUGUAGCUCCUGGCUGUAGCAAGUAUGCGUGUACGUGCGUAUGGCGUGUGUGUGUUUGCAUGUGUGUCUGUGUAUGAAUGCGUUAUUUUAUAGCAAGAAUGUGUGUGUACAUUCAAUGUGUGUGUGUACAUCAAUAGCUAGCUGUUUUCGUUGGAUAUUUAAUUUAAUUUGUUUAUUUGCUUUGAAUAUUUGAUGAUGACGUGUGUGUGUGUGUGUGUGUGUGUGUGUGUGUGUGUGUGUGUGUGUGUGUGUGUGUGUGUGUGUGUGUGUGUGUGUGUGUGUGUGUGUGUGUGUGUGUGUGUGUGUGUGUGUGUGUGUGUGUGUGUGUGUGUGUGUGUGUGUGUGUGUGUGUGUGUGUGUGUGUGUGUGUGAGUUAGCCUGUGUUUGUGAGCGAGUGUCAGAAUGUUUGUGUCUGUGUGCAAGAUGAAAUAAGAUGUCAAUCACCCUACAAUUGAAACUAUGAGGCCCUAACAUUCACUGUCAAUCAUUGUGUCCUGUACUGACCAACCAUCCACUAACAACACAUAUUCUAAAUAACCCCACCAUUACUUCAAAAAGCAAUGUAAAGCUGCUAUGAAAAACGUAGAAAUAAAAUAAUUUUAAGUACCAAAAAAAUACCAAAAAAAGGGAAAAUAUCUACUUCCAGAACUGCAUGUGCUAUGUGCAUGCCACACCGUGGGUGAACAGUCAUCUUCAGGAAUCAAAAAAUAAGAAUAUGAAUUCAGAUUUUAAAAAAAUAUAUGAAUAUAGAUAGAUGUUUUUACUAAGCAACAUGUUUUCUUUCUUCCUUCUAUUUUUGAGAACAAAAAAGGUUAAAAAAUAUAUAUAUAAAAAAAACAUCAGCUGAGAUUUGUUUGGUUUGUUUAUUUAUGUUGCCAGCUGUUAACUGUAAACAUGGAGGUGAGACACUACACAGCCAUGUUCAGGACACUACAAAGAAAAGAGAAGUCCUGUUUUAAAGAAGAGAAUCAAAUGAAAAGAGAUGGGGAUAUCCCUGCCUACUUUUGGGUGGGGCCAGGAGCCAGCCAAAUCUGAUGAUGUAACCCUUAAAACUCUGGCUGUGGGUUCUUUUAUCUCUCCCUCACUCCCUCUCUAUUUCUCUCUCACUCUUGUCUCUCACACUCUCAACCAAUCUCACCGCUAUUUCUACCCGUGCAUUUUGUAAUUCCAGACAGAAUUCUUCCUAAUGAAUAAAAACCAGAGAGAUGCAC